AUGCCUCAUCAGAAACAAAACAUCGCCCAGCAGAUUGAGGAUACAUUCUUAAGUUGUACGAUAUGUUUACAGCCUUUUGAUCAACCUAAGGCACUCCAAUGUCUUCACACCUUCUGCGAGAAAUGCCUGGAUGAUUAUUGUAAACAGCAGUUGUCACGUACCAAGGAAUCUACUGUAUUUCCUUGUCCAGUCUGCAGACAGGAUAUAACUAUGCCACCAAAUGGAGUUUCCGGGUUUCCGUACAAUCAUCUUAUUGCCAGUCUGAAAGAUGCCGUUCGAAUCAAUACUCGACCGGACAGCUUCCAUUCCAACAGAGUUCCUAGCGCAACCUCCGAACGGGGAGAUCGCCGACCGGUUUCAACAAGAGCUUCAACACGGCCAAGCACAAAGUGUUCCGCACGAUUUGGAAAGUUUGGCGAAAAAGACGCCGAAUAUAGUAACAUUUCCGGUUUAGCUGUUCAUCCGACAGGGGAUAUUGUAGUCGCAGACUGUGGCAAGAAUGCUAUCACAGUUGUGGGGUUCAAUGGUGUUUCUAAAAAUAGUUUCUCAUGUAAGUGCUGUAUUCGGGAUGUUGCAGUGUCCAAAUCCGGGUCCUUGCUAGUGACUGUUAGCCAAUCAAAUGGCGCCAUUUUACACGAGUAUACACUAGAUGGUAGGUUUAUAGCUCAAUAUGGCGAUACCUACGAGAAUGAAAAUCCGUUCGGAAUAGCGGUUACUCAUCGUAACAAAGCAGUCAUAUCCGGAAUGACGAAAAACCGAAUUCUUAUUUUCAAUGACCGGAGGAAACAAACUAACUGGUUUGGAGAAGCUGGUGAUACAUUAGAACAUUUUCUUUUUCCGUAUUACGUCACAGUAAAUAGCCGUGAUGACGUCAUCAUAUCUGACAGCGGUAACCAUCGGGUUAAGGUUAACAAAAUAGACGGAAGACUGAAAUUUUCCUUUGGAUCACAAGGCUCGAAGAAUGGCAGGAUGUUUUACCCUAUGGGGGUGUGCGUCGAUUAUUUAGACAAUAUAUAUGUGGCUGAUGCCAACAAUUACAGAGUGCAGAUGUUCUCUUACAAAGGAAAGUACCUGGCAACGCCCAUCAAAAACACAUUCACGUACGGCAUUGACGUCAAGCCAAUCAACAUAGCGUUCUCACAUGAUCAACUCGUUGUGUCUCUACGCGGGGCGAGAUUUGCCGAGAUACAGGUGUUUGAGUGGGACCCUUCAAUAUAUGCAGAAUCACGGACAUCUCUGUUAGGGUGCUGUGGAACUUACAAUAAAGUCUCUGAUAGUGGAGUGUAUCACGCUUGGUCCUGA